AUGAAGGAUCUUCCCGGCUCCGUUCCGGGAAAGCCGGUUCUGCCGUCGCUAUGGACUGAGAACUUGACUAUCGCAUUUUUGAACCGCCUCCCCAACCGCUACCAUGUUGGCCGACGACGCGCCCGAUCCAAAUCCAAGAUAAUACACCCCGGCGCAGAAGACAUCACUGCCUUGCGAACAUCUUUCAACUUCUGGGAUGGUUUGCGUGAUCUUCAAAGGCACAGAUGGAGAGCAUCAGACCUGCAAUACGUCUUCCUAAUCGGAUUGACGCUCUUUUCCCUUUGGAUUGCUCCUCCUGCCCCCGCCCUCAAAUUUUUCGCCUUGGUAGCUGUAUCUUGGAUUUUUCUCAUGCCCGCCACCCGACAGUUCUUUUUGCCAGCUGUGACGAUAUGGGUUUGGCUUGUCUAUUUUUUCUGCAGUCGGCCCCAUAUUUGGGUUCGAGUGCUGCCGGCCCUCGAAAAUGUCUUGUACGGCGCCAAUUUGUCCAAUAUCCUCUCCGCUCACAAGCACGCUAUCCUUGACAUUCUAGCCUGGCUCCCCUAUGGUAUUAUUCACUUCGGGGCUCCUGCGGUGUGCUCCCUCCUCAUGUUCAUCUUUGCCGCUCCUGGGACAACUCCCGUGUUUGCGCGAACCUUUGGCUGGAUGAGCAUACUUGGCGUCACUAUCCAACUGAUGUUCCCGUGCACACCUCCUUGGUACGAGAAUGAACAUGGCCUAGUCCCAGCCAUGUAUGGUAUGGAGGGUUCCCCCGCGGGUCUUGCUCGCGUCGACAAAAUAUUCAAUAUCGACCUCUAUACGACCAACUUCACCAACGCCCCUCUUCCGUUUGGUGCGUUUCCGUCAUUGCAUGGAGGAUACGCUGUGCUGGAGGCUCUUUUCAUGAGCCAUUGCUUUCCUCAGUUCCGAAUGUUCUUCAUUGGCUAUGUCGGGUGGAUCUGGUGGUCGACCAUGUACCUCAGCCACCAUUAUGCCAUCGAUCUUGUCGGCGGUGGCCUCAUUGCCGUAGGAUUCUUCUACUCUGUUCGAGCGCGAUAUCUGCCUCAGCGCCAGGCCGACAAGAUCACACGGUGGGAGUACGAAUUUGUCGAAAUUGGAGACCGCCACCGGCUUGCAGAUGAAGAGUGCGGACACGAAUAUUUCGGUCUCGGAUUGCUAGAACAACGUCGAGAAAACUCAAGCGAUGGCUGGACGCUGGGAAGCAGCUCCAGCAGCGGCACGCUGAGUCCAACUAUCUCUGAGGACACAGUCCCAGGGAUGAUGGUGAUGGACAUAUCGAGUAACGGCCAAAUAUGGGACGGUAAUGCGCCGCCUCGAGAUGUCGAAUUAAGCGAAGUCGUCGUCGUUCGACAACAGAAUUAG